AUGCCAGGAUACUCAGAGUUUUUCUUCAAUGUGGACCAUGGCUACUUGGAGGGUCUGGUCCGAGGGUUCAAAGCUGGGAUCUUGACAAGUGCGGACUACGUCAAUUUAGCACAGUGUGAGACACUAGAAGAUCUGAAGUUACAUCUACAGACUACAGACUAUGGCAAUUUCUUGGCUAAUGAAACUGGCCCUCUCACUGUUUCCACCAUAGAUGAAAAACUGAAAACAAAACUACUCACAGAAUUUCAUUACUUUAGAAACCAUGCUUUUGAACCACUUGCCACUUUUCUGAAUUUUGUCACAUACAGCUAUAUGAUUGACAACGUAAUUCUUUUAAUAACUGGCACAUUACAUCAGCGACCCAUAGCUGAACUUGUUCCCAAGUGCCAUCCAUUGGGGAGCUUUGAACAAAUGGAAGCAGUCAGCAUUGCCUCAAACCCCACUGAACUCUUCAAUGCAAUUUUGGUUGACACACCUUUAGCUGCUUUUUUUCAAGACUGCCUGUCUGAAAAUGACCUGGAUGAAAUGAACAUUGAAAUAAUGCGCAACAAACUGUACAAGUCUUACCUCGAGGCAUUUUAUAAGUUUUGUGAAAAACAAGGUGGUACUACAGCAGAAAUAAUGAGACCUAUUCUUGAGUUUGAGGCAGACAGACGUGCUUUUAUCAUCACCAUUAAUUCAUUUGGCACUGAGCUGAGUAAAGAUGACCGAGAGAAGCUGUAUCCAACCUGUGGAAAACUUUAUCCAGAAGGCUUACACCUGUUGGCCAAUGCAGAUGACUACGAGCAAGUGAAGUGUGUUGCAGAAUACUAUGCAGAAUACAAGGCUGUGUUUGAAGGUGUAGGGAGUGGCACUGGAGAAAAGACACUGGAAGACGCAUUUUUUGAACAUGAGGUAAAGCUGAAUGUGCUUGCAUUCAACAACCAGUUUCAUUUUGGAGUAUUUUAUGCCUAUGUGAAGUUAAAGGAACAAGAAUGCAGGAAUAUUGUAUGGAUUGCUGAAUGCAUUUCUCAGAGACACAGAACCAAAAUUAACAAUUACAUUCCAAUUUUCUAA